CACUUUUGAGAUGAUCGCUGCGAUUAGGCGUUUUUUAAGGAUAGGUUGCUAAUCUUGGUGAUAACAUGGGGGCGCAGAUGGUGUUCACGUGUUUCCUAGUUAACAAACAAAAUCGUCCUUAUCGGGCCAGUUAACAUGGACUUUGAGCCCGGUGGAAGGAGUGAUUGUGUUGUUUCCUGGAUAGAGAAGCCAUGGAUCGGAUUUUGCGUGGUAUUAUGAAGUAUAGGUGUUGUAAGAAGGAGCAAAUGGUGAAACAGUUUGUGAAAGUCAGAGACAACCCCACGCCGAAAGCUGUGUUUUUCACGUGUAUUGACAGCAGGAUGAUCCCCACGAGAUUCACCCAAACCAACGUGGGGGACAUGUUUGUAGUUCGUAACGCGGGAAAUGUUAUCCCUCACUCUCAGCACUUCUUGGACGAGCUCACCACCAACGAACCCGCAGCUAUGGAACUAGGGUGUGUGGUCAACGACAUCCGGCACAUCGUAGUGUGCGGCCACAGCGACUGCAAAGCCAUCAAUCUCCUAUACCAACUCCAAGACAGCGAAUUUGCCUCUCAAGAUAACCGGCGGAUUUCGCCGCUUCGCGCCUGGCUGUGCACCCACGCCCUGAACAGUCUGGAGAAGUUCCAGCAGCUGGCAGCCACCGACUACUCCAAGCCUUUGAUUUUUCAGGCUGAGACGCCCAUGAGGAAGUUCGUGGCGUACAUUGAUCCGGAGAAUAAAUUCACGCUGGAGGACAAGUUGUCGCAGAUUAAUACGUUGCAGCAGUUGCAGAAUAUAGCGAGUUACGGGUUUUUGAAGAAGAGGCUGGAGACGCACCAGCUGCACAUACACGCGUUGUGGUUUGAUAUUUAUACGGGGGAGAUUUAUUAUUUUAGUCGCGGGGCGAAGAGGUUUGUGGUUAUUGAUGAGGAUAAUUUUGAUAAGUUGUUGGAUGAGGUGGAGAAAUAUUAUUCGUGAUGGGGUGGGUUAGGGUUUAAUGGUGAUUUUUUAUGUAUUUUCUAUGUAUUUUCUAUUUUUAUAUUAUAUAUGAGUAUUAUUUAUUGUUAAUAAAGUGUCUUGAUUGUU